AUGACGCUAUUACAAGUGGACGAAGCUAAUGCUGUCCUGGUUGAUGCAAUCAAGUACAUAGAGUAUCUCGAGCAGAGCGUGAGGAACUUGGAGGAGCUUCAAGCCGCGGACGAGUCGCAAAUCGACGCAGGCGCUAACGGGGACGACGAUGAAUCUAACGACCCAAAGUUUCCGAAUAUCGAUGCAAGAGUCUGCGGAAAGAAUGUGCUUCUGAAGAUCCAGUGCGAAAAGGGGAAGGGCAAUCUGGGAAAAAUACUUGGCGAGUUGGACAAGUUCGAUUUGGCGGUCGCGAACAUGGAGGUCACGCCGUUCGGGAGUUCGGCGAUCGACAUCACGAUUAUGGCCAAGAUGGAGAAAGAGUUGAGGCUUUCCACCAGAGACCUGCUGAAAGCUCUUAGUGUAGUCCUCCAAAUCUGA